UACAGCGUGGGGGACGCCAAGCGCUAAUGGUUUUUCCGGUUUAAGUGCAGAAUUUUCUUUGCGCGUGGUUUGGACUUUAGUAUUACCACAUAUCAGUUCAUCGUCUUUAUUGACUCGGGUGGUACAAGAGCCAGAAGCUUCAAGUUACACAGCCUGGGCACUGUUGCAGCACAGAAGCGAUAGAAGAGACAGUGAAAAACACAAAACAGCGCGUAGCAGAAGCGAAGAGAUAGCAAACAAUAUCGUGUUCGGGCAACACCUCCACCGGAAACAAUGGCAAGCCUUUAUGGAGCACAGUCUAGGAAGGACAAAACUAGAGGGAGACAUCAUGGUUUAACAACACAGAAGAAGCAAGAGAUAAAGGAAGCAUUUGAUCUAUUUGAUACCGAUAACUCAGGUACCAUUGAUGCCAAAGAGUUGAAUAUUGCCAUGAGAGCCUUGGGAUUUGAAAUGACAGAGGAGCAAAUCAAUCAAAUGAUUGCAGAUGUUGACAAGGAUGGCAGUGGUGCAAUCGAUUUUGAUGAAUUUGUGCACAUGAUGACAGCAAAGAUUGGAGAAAGGGAUACCAAGGAGGAGCUCAUGAAAGCUUUUCGAAUAAUUGACCAAGAUAAUAAUGGAAAGAUAUCUGCUACAGAUAUUCAUCUUAUUGCAAAGGAGUUGGGUGAGUACUUGACCGACGCACAGAUUCAAGAGAUGAUUAAAGAAGCAGACCUUGAUCGUGAUGGUGAAGUCAGUCCUGAUGAGUUCAUCAGGAUAAUGAAGAAAACUUCGUUUGGGUAUUAGGACUUUGAUGUUAAAAGUUCCUUGUAUCUAGGUAGUCAUCCUAUGUAGUAUUACUAUAGUCACCUGGUACCUGAAAACAUGACGGAAGGCGACCUGUUGCCUAAUUUAGUUUCGACCAUUCAUCUGUGGGGAUUGGGUUGUUUUUGCCCUGGUAUUAGUAUUCUCUAUAUAAGUCUAUAUAAGUCUUAAUGUUCUAUAUAGCCUGUUAUGGACAUGUAUUGUAUUGCAGCACACUGGUGUUAGGUGGAUAAGCAGAUUUUUAUUCAUUCUGUAUCUAAUGGAUGAUGGAAGUUAAUUUUGUCAGGA